GGAAAACGCAAAUAAUAAUGAGGAAGUCAGGGUAGAUCUAAAACAGGCACACGGUCCAGGACCGCAAAAAGGUUGAGAACAGUUUUUUUUAAAUGCCUCUCACGGGUUGGAGGACUUUCCUGGUGACUUUCUCUUUAGAUUGGAUUCUCUGAACCAAAACCUCUGAACAUGUUUCUGCAGAAGCUAGAAUGAUUGAUUUUGUAGCUGCGCUGGUGACGUUAGAGAAGCAGCAGCACAUCACCUCCAAACUACAGCUAUGGAUGAGUGUCGUGGGUUCACAUCCCACCACUACUCCCAGUGGAUUUUAUAGGGAAAGCCGAGGGGACUACUGUGUAAAUGUGUAAAUUUCCAUUCAUAUUAGGGGUGGGACUUGAAUGCGUUAAUUACGAUUAAUUAACUACAAAAAAAUUCGCUGUUUGCAUUCCAAAUAAAGCGGAAAGUCCCUGGCACACAGAUUAGUGACACAAAUGGUUUAGCGCGGCUAAUGGCUAAUGCCUAACGGUUAACGGCUAAUGGGUAACGGCUAAUGGCUAAUGCCUAACGGCUAAUGGCUAAUGACUAACGGUUAACGGCUAAUGGCUACUGCCUAACGGUUAACGGCUAAUGGCUAAUGGCUAACGGCUAAUGGCUACUGCCUAACGGUUAACGGCUAAUGGGUAACGGCUAACGGUUGAUGGCUAACGGCUAACGGUUGAUGGCUAACGGCUAAUGGCUAAUGACUAACGGUUAACGGCUAAUGGCUACUGCCUAACGGUUAACGGCUAAUGGCUAACGGCUAAUGGCUACUGCCUAACGGUUAACGGCUAAUGGGUAACGGCUAACGGUUGAUGGCUAACGGCUAAUGGCGUAUAGCUAACAACUACCAACAUGGAGAAAUCGGAUGAAAGAGCGUCGCUAGUACUGAUGGGAGGCAUAUUUAUUUUCAAAAAUGUGCAAAAAAUUAUGAUAAAAAAAAGCCCCUCAACUCCACUGUACCGUCUAAGUGCAAAGCAGAAACUACCCGGAGCUAAGGAGCUAAAGGAAGUCCCGUCUGGUUCUACAUGCAGGUGGCUCCCAUCAGGAACGAGAACGAUAAGGUGGUUCUGUUCCUCUGCACCUUCAAAGACAUCACCCUGUUCAAGCAGCCCAUCGAGGACGAGACCACGAAAGGAUGGACCAAGUUUGCGCGGCUCACGCGGGCGCUCACCAACAACCGCAACACGCUGCAGCAGCUGGCGCCCAUCGGCAAACACGAAGUCAGCCACAAACAGUCCAGACUGGCCGAGGUCCUGCAGCUGAACUCCGACAUCCUCCCCCAGUACAAGCAGGAGGCCCCCAAGACCCCCCCCCACAUAAUCCUCCACUACUGCACCUUCAAGACCACCUGGGACUGGGUGAUCCUCAUCCUCACCUUCUACACGGCCAUCAUGGUUCCCUACAACGUCUCCUUCAAGACCAAGCAGAACAACAUCGUGUGGCUGGUCCUGGACAGCGUGGUGGACGUCAUCUUCCUGGUGGACAUCGUCCUCAACUUCCACACCACCUUCGUGGGUCCCGGCGGGGAGGUGAUCUCCGACCCCAAGCUCAUCCGCAUGAACUACCUGAAGACCUGGUUCGUCAUAGACCUGCUGUCCUGUCUGCCCUAUGACAUCAUCAACGCCUUCGAGAACGUGGACGAGGGCAUCAGUAGUCUGUUCAGCUCUCUGAAGGUGGUCCGCCUGCUGCGUCUGGGCCGGGUGGCCAGGAAGCUGGACCACUACCUGGAGUACGGCGCCGCCGUCCUGGUCCUGCUGGUCUGCGUGUUCGGACUCGUGGCCCAUUGGCUCGCCUGCAUCUGGUACAGCAUCGGUGACUACGAGGUCAUCGACGAGGCCACCAACACCAUCAAAACAGACAGCUGGCUCUACCAGCUGGCCAUCAGCAUCCGAUCCCCGUACCGCUACAACGCCUCCUCUGGGCAGCUGGAGGGCGGCCCCAACAAGGACUCGCUCUACAUCACCUCCCUCUACUUCACCAUGACCAGCUUAACCACCAUCGGCUUCGGCAACAUCGCCCCCACCACGGACGGAGAGAAGAUCUUCUCUGUGGCCAUGAUGAUGGUGGGAUCUCUUCUUUACGCCACCAUCUUCGGAAACGUCACCACCAUCUUCCAGCAGAUGUACGCCAACACCAACCGCUACCACGAGAUGCUCAACAACGUCCGGGACUUCCUGAAGCUCUACCAGGUUCCCAAGGGCCUGAGCGAGCGGGUGAUGGACUACAUCGUCUCCACCUGGUCCAUGUCCAAAGGCAUCGACACGGAAAAGGUCUUAUCCAUUUGUCCCAAGGACAUGCGGGCCGACAUCUGUGUCCACCUCAACAGGAAGGUGUUCAACGAGCAUCCUGCCUUCAGGUUAGCUAGCGACGGCUGCCUGCGCUCGCUGGCCGUGGAGUUUCAGACCAUCCACUGCGCCCCCGGAGACCUGAUCUUCCACGCCGGCGAGAGCGUCGACACGCUCUGCUUCGUGGUGUCAGGCUCCCUGGAGGUCAUCCAGGACGACGAGGUCAUCGCCAUCUUAGGUAAAGGCGACGUGUUCGGAGACGUGUUCUGGAAGGAAACCACGCUGGCUCACGCCUGCGCUAACGUCCGAGCGCUGACCUACUGCGACCUCCACAUCAUCAAGAGGGAGGCGCUGCUCAAGGUCCUGGAGUUUUACACGGCCUUCGCCAACUCCUUCUCCCGCAACCUCAUCCUCACCUGCAACCUGCGCAAACGGAUCAUAUUCCGCAAGAUCAGCGAGGUGAAGAAGGAGGAGGAGGAGCGUCAGCGGGCGAAGAACGAGGUGCAGCUCACCAUCCCUCAGGACCAUCCCGUCCGCAAGCUGUUCCAGAAGUUCAAGCAGCAGAAGGAGCUUCGCAGCCAGGGGGCGUCGUCGGCCGCCGCCGCGCAGCCCGACCUGGAGAAGAACCAGCUGCAGGUGGAGCAGCAGCAGCAGCACCACCAGCACCUGCACCCGCACAGCCUGCAGCUGGGCCACUCCAGCCUGCAGCACUCGCUGCCGCUCAGCCUGCAGCGGCCCCACGCCGCCAUGCAGAACGGGGCCCCCCCCAGCAGCAGCGUCCUCACCGUGUCUCAGGUCACGCCCAUGCAGAGCUCGCUGGCCUACAGCCACCCCGGCGAGGCCCCCGCCAAGCAGAACAACUGUGAUAUCAUGGAGCUGCAGCCCAGCUCGGCCGGAGGGGGAGUGGGAGGGGGAGGGGGAGGAGGGGCGGAGCCCAGCGUCAGGCUCAAAAUCGGAAACAGCCCCGCCCUGGGGAAGCCGCCCCCCAAGGUCAGCGGCUGGAUGCGCCUGAAGAACAACGCGGCUCCGGGGGAGGCCAGGAAGGAGGGGCUGAACAACGUGAAGGCCGUUUCCGUGGAGAUGCUCUCUCAGGACGCUAAGGGGCAGGAGGCGGGGGGGGGCGGCGGCGCCACCGAGGAGGGCGGGGUCUCCAGCAACAACCCGCUCCGCAAGACGGACUCCUGCGACAGCGGCAUCACCAAGAGCGAGCUGCGGAUCGACCGGGUGGGGGAGGCGCGGACCCCCGCCGCCGUCACCCCCCUCCUCCACAGCCCUCUCCCGGGGGGGGGGGCCGGGUCCCCCCACCCUUUCUGCCCCAUCCCGGAGCAGGCCCUGCAGGCCGCGCUGCACGAGACCCGGCUGGAGCUCCGGGGGGACAUCCAGUCUCUGGGGGGGCGGCUGGGCGCCCUGGAGAGUCAGGUGGCCGAAAUCAUCAAACUGCUGUCAGAGAAGAGGCGGCCGAGCUCGGGGGGGGGGCCGUCCGCCUCCACCACACCCAAAACCAAAGUCCAGCGUCAGGACAUCUUCACCGUCUCCAGACCCGUGUCUCCGGACUCGGAGAAGGACGAGGGGCUCUGAAGGGAGGUGUGUGGGGGGGGGGGACACCGCUGGCCUCAGCUUCUCGUCGUUGAUUGUACAUACCUCUCUAUGCAUGUCCAGCUGGAUUCUGGUCUGCCAAAGAAACAACAACUCCACGUACUUCUCGCCUGUAUCAUGUGCAGUUGACUGCAUGCAAACGGAAUUUAAAAGAGACGUUUUAUUGAGCUACACUGUACAUAGGAAUAUUUUUCAAUUUACUAUGUGGACAUUCAGGGUUUGCAUACUGGUAGCACUAUAAACACUGAGUAACUGAAAGGGUUUUUUCUGGCGAAGGGGUCGUGCAUGAGUAGAGACAGACAGAGAGUUCUUUUAGUUUCUUUGCCUGUGACAUGAUGUAGGAGUUUGCGUCACCUCGCCCCCGAUGAACACAGAGUCCCAGAUGUGACGCAGGAGCAGAUUUCCGGUAUGUUUUUUAUAUUAACUCGUGACUUUUGCUUCUUAUACUAAUUUCUAUUUUUGACUACUGAAACGUCCUUCGCCUCAGUUGAAAUGGUCGUUUGGUUUGACUCUUCCCCGUGUCUAUGCAUCGCUCGCGUACGCCGCUAGAAUAUUUUCCCCGUGUGACCAUGUUUCGUUCCAUUCCUCUGCAUGAAUCAGGGAUGGCAGGAUGCACUUUGAGUAAGAGCCGAGACGACGAGAAAUAACACGAAGUUCAACAAGCGUCGUCGAGCUCCGUCAGAACAGAAGCGUCGACGCAAAAAGCUCGAGUGAUUAAAAAAAAUAUAUAUAUAUAUAUAAAAAUAAAUAAAUGUCCUUUUUAUGAUAUGGGUUUUCUAGAUCUGCAUGCAGAGCGAGAGCUGAAACCCUGAAGGCCCAGAGAAACGUUACCUUCACACAAGGCAGAUCACUCACAAGUUUUUUCAGGUCCGGGGAGAUUCAGCCGACACAUAUUUAAUAAGACAGUAAUAAUAAGGAGGAACGCGGGGGAACAGAAGCCAUCAUGAAAGCUUCGUUUGGUUCGGUUGGUUCCAGGAGGCGGAGGAGACGCUGCAGCAGAGAGACGAGGACGGACGUGUCAGGACGUGUCCUCCUCAGCAGAUCUUUAUCAGUUUGACAGAUCGGGAUCUUUUCAGAUUAAAUCCUUAAUCCUGGAGAUACUGGGAGGUUAAACUCACCUAAACAGACUCAGAAUAAAUCAGAACUAUCUCCAGAAAUAUCAGGUCCAUGUUCCAGAGCCUGGUUCCUCUGGAUACGAUGGAUCAUCUUCAAAUAAUACACCUGAUAGCAACGAUGUCAUUCUGACUUCAUUCAUUAACCCCUGGACCUCAACCAGCCCUGCACUAGACCUGGACUAGACCUGGACUAGACCUGGACUAGACCGGGACCAGACCUGGACCAGGAGUUUCUAGAAACACCACAAAGCUCACAUGCUCUCAAACGGUUCUAGUAAAAUAGAACCAGGUUCCACUCUUUGUUUGGAUCAAACCAAAGAACCAAAGUUCCUCCAUGUUGGGAUUUUAUCUGUCUCAA